AUGACAUCAGAGGUGAUAUCAAUUAGCCCAGGGGAGAGAGAAGACAAGCUAGUUUGGCAAUUUACUACAAAUGGUAUAUACACUGUCAAAAGUAGAUAUCACCUCAGCAAAGAGUUGGAAUGUGAUCUAGAAGGGGAGACCUCAGUCAAAGCUAAGGAAAAACAAGCUUGGAAGACCAUUUGGAAGCUAAGAGUAACCGCUGCUACCAAGAUGUUUUUAUGGAGAGCAUGCAACGAGGCCCUUCCAUUAUUAGCAAAUAUGAGGAGAAGAGAAGUUGUAGAACAUAGCUCAUGUCUGGUCUGUAAGCAGGAGCCAGAAACACCUGGACAUGUUUUAUGGGGCUGUAUUGCUGCUAAGGAUGUGUGGGGUCAGGGAGUGAUGAAAGUGCAAAAGCUAUCUUUUCAAAGUGACUUGAUCUUUGAUAUCUGGUCAAGACUCAUAGAGAUCCUCAGUUCAGAGGAACUUGAUGAGGUGGCAGUCACUAUGAGGGGCAUAUGGUCUAGAAGGAAUAAUGUUAUCCAUGGCAAAGAGUUCAAACACCCAACUCCUGUCCACCAACAUGCCAAGGCAGAACUAGUAUCAUACAGGGAAGCUCUCACAGAGGAUCUAGAAGUUAAGCUCACAGCUCCUGAUGCGGCUGUAAAUUCAAAGGAAGAGAGAAUUGGAAUUGGAGUUCUCAUCAGAGAUCAUCAUGGACUGGUUAUUGGAGGUUUGCGUGCAAACAGAACCCUCAAAGGAAUUCCUUUUGAUGCUGAAGCCAAUGGCCUACUUUUAGCAGCAGCUUACAAGAAAAUAUUUGAUGAGGAAUCAAAAUUAGGUGACAUCACGGGAUCUGGACUUGGCACUACUGAUGAGGAGGUUGGUGUUGGAACCCAAAACGACAUUGUCACACAAUCAAGACUAUUAGGAAAUGAGGAGUACUUCAGAUCUUGUUAUUUGGUUAACUGUCCUUGA